AUGUCUUUGACGGUCAAACAAAUCUAUAUUGUAUGUGCCCUCCUGAUCGGAGUCCUGCAGACCUCCUCAGCCCAGCCCAGUAGCCCUUCAGUUUACAGUCGAGAUUUGGAGGAGGCUCUACGGACAAAGCUCUUCACCACCGAUAACUACCAGGUCCUACAGCGUCCGUUUCAGAGGUGUGUCAUCCAGGUCGCCCUUAGUCUCCUCACAAUCAACGACCUCAAUAUAAAGGACCAAACCCUGUCUGUUACAGGAUUUUUCACUUUUUACUGGCAGGACGAUCGUCUGUCAUGGAGCGACGACUCCACAUACGACAGCAUCAACUUCCUGUUUAGCACGGAGACGUACGUCUGGCGUCCGCCACUGAUUAUCGAAAACUCAGUGGAGGAUGUGUCCAUCAUCAGCGACAAAAACGUGCCAAUGAGAUUCAACAACCUUGGCCUCGUCACGUGGAAUCCGGCGGGGAUCUACAAGGUGUCGUGUGAGGCGGACACGCGCUACUACCCCAUGGACAUCCAAACUUGUAACAUCUCCGUAACAGCCUGGGCUUACACUGAGAACGAAAUCACUCUGGUGUUCAAGGAUGACCCCUUUGAUCUGACUUUUUAUGGUACAAAUGGCGAGUGGCAGCUCGUGUCCACAGAAACCAUUCUUCCAGAAGCAAUCGCCCGAGGUGGUCAAAGCUUUUCUGGUCUUGACUUUCAGAUCAAACUUAGGCGUCGGCCUAUGUUUCACAUCCUCAAUACGUUGUUUCCGGUAGCUCUUAUGGGGAUAUUGAGCGCCAUGGUGUUCAAACUUCCGGCAGAUUCCGGGGAGAAGAUUGGAUUUUCGCUGACGAUCCUGUUGGCCUACACCGUGUACCUGACACUGAUAUCGGAGAACAUCCCCAGUACUUCUGUCACACUCUGCUACCUAUCCCUGUACUUAGCACUGACAUUGUGCCUGGGAUCUCUCAGUGUUCUGUGUACCAUCCUAGUGCUGAACUUUUACUCCCGAUCUGACGAAGAUGAACCCAUCCCAGACUGGCUGAGGAUCUUUAGCAUUAAGGUACUAGCAAGGGUCGUCUGCUACAGGAACUACCGGUGCUGCUAUAAACUGAAUGAUAACCAGAUCCACCCUACGAUGGUAGUAAUAAGCGCAGCUCCGUUCGACAUCGUCAAUGAGAAGGAAGGAAACGGGGAUAUUUCCAAGAAACCAACGGAAAAAAGAAGGUCACGGAGCAAGAACGAGGACGAUGUUCCCCUAGAACCUACUCUUCACAGAUCCACAUCUCCAACCAAUCAUGAUGCCGAUGAAGACAUGUGCACAUGGCUUACAUGGAAGGACCUAUCUUGCAUGUUGGACAGAAUGUUUUUCUUCAUUUUUAUGUUAAUAAUUUUAGGUUCAACGACAACAUUGUUUUCCUUGAUCCUUAACGAAUGGUACACUGUUUCUGUGUCUACCACCGAUGUCUAAUUUGGGCAGACCGCACGACAGCAUUGCAAGAGACACGUAUGAUGCAUAAAAAACAAGCAGAUAAAGCACUGUAAAGUAUAAAAAGUAUUGAGAAAAAGUCUGUAAAAUAACAAAACAAAACUGAUAGUGUGACCUGAUUAUUUU